UCCAGCGUGUUCAAAAUUUUGUUACACCUCAUAAAAUUAAUAAUCUUUUUUAAAUUUACGCGGUCGCUCAAUCUUGAACUCUUCAGCUCUUUUCCAACUUAUCUAUAAUAAAGCAUCAUGAAAUUCUGGAAUUUUUCUACUCAAACUUUGGCUGCUCUCUUGGCUUCGGUUUCAAUCAUUAACGCUGGUGGUCCUGCCUCUGGAGAUGCAAUUGCUGAUCCAAAUUCUGCUGUUGUUAAAUUAACUACUGAUUCCUUCCAAUCUUUUAUUCAAGAAAAUCCCUUGGUUUUAGCAGAAUUCUUUGCUCCUUGGUGUGGUUAUUGUAAAUCUUUAGGUCCAGAAUUCUCUAAAGCUGCUGAUUCUCUUAAUGAAUCUCAUCCAAAUAUUAAAUUGGCUCAAGUUGAUUGUACUGAAGAAGCUGAUUUAUGUUCGGAACAAGGUAUUAGAGGUUAUCCAACUUUGAAAGUUCUCAGAGGGGAAGCCACUGAAGAUUAUGAAGGUCCAAGAGACUCAAAUGGUAUUGCUGAAUAUAUGAUUAAACAAACUUUACCUGCAGUUCAAGAUAUUGAAUCAGUUGAUCAAUUAUCAACUGUCUUGGAAGAACAAUCAAAACCUUUUGUGGUUCAAGUCUUGGGUUCUAAAGUUGAUGAAUCCGCCAACUCAACCUACUAUGAAGUUGCCUCUGAAAAGAGAAAAGACUUGAAUUUCAUUUCUUUGAAAGAUUCUCCAGUUGUUGAUGAAUUUAAUAAAAAAAUCAAUGUUAAUUUGAACAAAUUGAAAAAUAAUAAAUAUUUAUUAGUUCACCCUUCUGAUUAUAAAGAUGUUAGAGAAUUUAGUGAAAAAUCUUUUUCAAAAGAAGGUUUAACUACUUUUAUCGCUAAUGAAGUUGUUCCAUAUUUCGGUGACAUAAACAGAGAUACUUAUUUAAUGUAUAUGAGUAGUCCUGUUCCAUUAGGUUAUUACUUUUAUAACUCUGAGGAAGAAAGAGCUAAAGUUGAACCUUUAUUCAAUAAAUUAGGUAAAGAAAAUCGUGGUAAAAUUAAUUUUGUUGGUUUAGAUGCUAAUUUAUUUGGUCGUCAUGCUGAAAUUUUAAAUAUGAAUCCAGAAAUUGUUCCUUUAUUCGCUAUUCAAGAUAUACAAAAUAAUAAAAAAUAUGGUAUUGAUCAAUCUGCUAAUCCAAAUGGUCCUUCUGAUAAAACUAUUACUCAGUUCAUUAAAGAUUUCAAUAAAGGUAAAUUAUCUCCAAUUGUUAAAUCAGAAGAUUUACCAACUGAUGAAGAAAAACAAUCUCAAUCCGUUGUUAAAUUGGUUGGUCAUAACCAUGAUGCUGUCUUGAAAAACUUAGAUAAAGACGUCUUUGUUAAAUAUUAUGCUCCUUGGUGUGGUCAUUGUAAAAGAUUAGCUCCUUCUUGGGAAGAAUUAGCUUCAAUUUAUGGUUCUAAUGAAACCGAUUCUAAAGUUGUUAUCGCUAACUUAGAUCAUACUGCCAAUGAUGUUGACACUCCAGUUGAAAUUGAAGGCUAUCCUACUUUAUUAUUAUACCCAGCUAAUGGUAAAGUUGAUGCUAAAACUGGAUUAAGAGAAGCAGUUGUUUUCGAAGGCCCAAGAGAAAUUGAUUCAUUAAUUGAAUUUAUUCAAGAAAAAGGUGGAGCUAAAGUUGAUGGUAAAUCUUUAAAACAAGCUAAAGAAUCUGCCGCUGCUGAAGAAGAAGAAGUUGUUGGUGAAGAUGAAGAAAAUACUCAUGAUGAAUUAUAAGAAAUUUAGUUUUUAACUAGAUAUAUAUUACAUAAUGAAAAAUUAUAUUGAAAAUUGUAUU